CGCUGGGCUGCGCCCCAGCUGGUGGCUGCGUGCGCGGAUGUGCCCGCGUCCCCUGGGGAGAGGAGCGCGCGUGUCUCACCCUCCUGCCCCGUGGUGAGCCCGGCUGGUGCCCCGCGCCCAACAUGCUGAGCAGGGUGCCCGGUAUAAUAUUCUUGGAAGUACUUGAUAGUGUCUGUCACCUGUAUCAGAGCACCACAGUUCAAGUUUAGUCCUUUCUACGCACACUGCUCAGAACAUGGGGGAAAACGAUGAUGAAAAGCACAGCCACGGUGGCCAGAUAUUUGAAAACUUUGUACAAGCAUCAACAUGCAAAGGUACCAUUCAGGCCUUUAAUAUCCUCACCCGUCAACUUGAACUAGAUCCAUUGGACUACAGAAAUUUCUAUACUAAAUUGAAGUCAAAGGUAACCAGCUGGAAGGCCAAAGCUUUGUGGAACAAGCUUGAUAAAAGAGUAAGUCAUAAAGAAUAUAAGCGAGGAAGAUCUUGUAAGAACACUAAGUGUUUGAUUAUUGGAGGUGGUCCAUGUGGUUUGCGGACUGCCAUAGAACUUGCCUUUCUGGGAGCCAAGGUUGUAGUUGUGGAGAAGCGGGACACUUUCUCAAGAAACAAUGUACUGCAUCUCUGGCCUUUUACAAUCCAUGACCUCCGGGGUUUGGGGGCGAAAAAAUUUUAUGGAAAAUUCUGCGGAGGAUCUAUUGACCAUAUCAGUAUUCGACAGCUUCAGCUUAUCCUCUUCAAAGUUGCACUUAUGCUGGGAAUUGAAAUCCAUGUGAACGUAGAGUUUGCGAAAGUUCUGGAACCUCCUGAAGAUCAGGAAAACCAAAAGAGAGGUUGGCGGGCUGAAUUUCUCCCAAUGGAUCACCCUCUGUCAGCAUUUGAAUUUGAUGUUAUUAUUGGUGCAGAUGGUCGCAGGAACACUUUAGAAGGUUUUAGAAGGAAGGAGUUUCGUGGAAAACUGGCUAUAGCUAUCACAGCCAACUUUAUCAACAGAAACACGACUGCAGAAGCCAAGGUAGAGGAAAUUAGUGGUGUUGCUUUCAUCUUCAAUCAAAAAUUCUUCCAGGACCUUAAAGAGGAAACGGGAAUUGACCUGGAGAAUAUUGUUUACUACAAAGAUAGCACUCACUAUUUUGUAAUGACCGCAAAAAAGCAGAGUCUUCUGGACAAAGGAGUGAUUAUCAAUGACUACAUUGAUACCGAGAUGCUUCUCUGUGGGGAAAAUGUAAACCAGGACAAUCUGCUGUCUUAUGCAAGGGAAGCUGCAGACUUUGCAACCAAUUACCAGCUGCCUUCCUUGGAUUUUGCGAUUAAUCACUAUGGGCAGCCAGACGUGGCUAUGUUUGAUUUUACUUCCAUGUAUGCCUCUGAAAAUGCUGCACUAAUAAGAGAAAGGCACAGACAUCAGCUCUUAGUUGCCCUUGUUGGAGAUAGUUUACUUGAGCCCUUCUGGCCGAUGGGUACCGGCUGUGCAAGAGGCUUCCUAGCUGCUUUUGAUACAGCAUGGAUGGUGAAGAGCUGGGAUCAAGGAAAACCCCCACUAGAGAUCCUUGCUGAACGAGAGAGCAUUUAUCGACUAUUGCCCCAGACUACACCCGAAAAUAUCAACAAGAACUUUGACCAGUAUACCAUUGACCCAGGAACGCGCUAUCCCAACUUGAACUCCAGCUGUGUUCGACCUCAUCAGGUUAGACAUUUGUAUGUUACAAAUGAGCUACAACAAUGCCCUCUUGAAAGGGUCAGCUCUAUUAGAAGAUCAGUGAAUGUCUCAAGACAUGAAUCCGAUAUUCGACCUAAUAAGCUUUUAACCUGGUGUCAGAAACAGACAGAAGGCUACAGGAAUGUUCAUGUCACUGAUCUCACUACUUCUUGGAGGAGUGGCCUUGCACUGUGUGCAAUUAUGCACCGCUUCAGACCUGACCUCAUUGACUUUGACUCUUUGAAUGAAGAAGAUGUUGUUGAAAACAACCAGCUGGUGUUUGACGUUGCUGAACGAGAGUUUGGAAUUCCUCCAGUCACCACUGGGAAAGAGAUGGCGUCUGCUGGAGAGCCUGAUAAACUCAGCAUGGUCAUGUACCUCUCAAAAUUCUAUGAGCUAUUUAGAGGAACCCCUCUGAGAGCAGUUGAUGCUGUGGAUAAACAAAAUGGAGAAAAUAAUGACCUUUGCUCAGCAAAAUCAUCAAACUUCAUCUUUAAUAACUACAUCAAUUUAACGUUACCAAGGAAGCGAGUACCAAAAGUUGAAAGGAGAGAAGAAAAUGAUAUGAACAAAAGGCGUCGAAAGGGCCUCGGUGGCUUUGAAGAGGCUUCACGUUUUUCUAGUCGGGGUACGAAUUCUGGUAAAGAUCAGGGCGACAGAGAAGGAAUGAAUCAAAAUAAAGUAAAGUCAAUGGCAACGCAGCUGUUGGCAAAGUUUGAAGAAAAUGCCCCAAACACAUCUCUCCGGAGACAGGAGCUAGUAGAUAAACCAGUCCUGCUCUCUUCUUCUGAUCCUCCUGCUAAUCCUCGAUUUAUUAAGCCUAAGGAGCCAAGUCCUUCACCUCCACCAAAGAGUCAGUUUCAGGCAGUAGCUAGGACUGAACAUGUGGUCAGAGAGCCAAAGCAAUCUUUGCAUGGUUCUGAUCGUGUGGCCAGGGGAUCAAGAAUUGUAGAAAAAACAGACAUACAGUCCAGGCUUUCAGAAACUCUUGCAUCUACCUGUCCUGCUGCAUUUGUGAUUUCUGGAGUGCUUAAACGCCUUCAGCACGUGGAGGAAAAAAUUAAUCAGAAGAAAGCUCAGUCCGUAGCAAAUAGGGAAUUUCAUAAAAAGAACAUUAAAGAGAAAGCAGCUCAUCUUGCCUCAAUGUUUGGAUACGUGGACUUACCAAAGAAUAAACUACCUAUUAAAGGCGUAUCCUAUUAUCAGCCCCCAACUCCCUCUUGCCUUCCAGCUCAUGAUUCAGCUGCUACUUCAUCUUCAUCAUCUAUUCACUCAACUUCCCCUGCUGUUCAAUCUAGCAAGAUGACUGUAGGGAAGGUGUCACGUGGAAUAGGGGUUGUAGCUGAAGUCCUUGUCAAUCUCUAUGUGAAUGACCACAAGCCCAAGCCACAGUUUUCCUCCCCAGAACUGAACCAGUCAUUGGACACAGCUACAUCUUUCCCCACUUCCUAUUCCACUUCUCCAACUUUUGCUUCUACUGUUCAGAGUUGUCAGGGAUCUCUGCGAAAAGAAUUUCCUCAGACUAUAGGUGGCAGUGACAUCUGUUAUUUCUGCAAGAAACGGGUAUAUGUCAUGGAGCGCCUGAGUGCAGAGGGCCACUUCUUUCAUAGGGAAUGCUUUAAGUGUGAUGUAUGUUCUACAACGCUCCGCCUAACAAUCUAUGCAUUUGAUGUAGAAGAAGGUAAAUUUUACUGCAAACCUCAUUUUACACAAUGUAAAACAAGCAAUAAGCACAGGAAAAGACGAUCUACAUUAAAAACGCAAGAGAAAGUGGAAACAGAAAUGUGGAUGCAAGAGGAACCCAAGCACCCAGAAACCACAGAAAGUACUACUUCUACUGUUAGCAGUCCAGAGGACAGGCCCCAAGGUAUCAUGACUUCCUUCUUUAGGAAAACUCUAAGCUGGCCCCUUAGGGUGACGAGGGAUCUGCUUGACAUUCCAAGACGCCUGUCUAACUGGAUGCAUGGUUUUCUGCACGCUACCAAUCUUCAUUUAAGGGACAAUGCAUACAACUAUACCUAUUUGUAUGAACUCUUGAGCCUUGGUGUGCCAUUCCUGUGUGCGCUGCUAGAGGUACUUACUCAUAUGUACCGGGAAGCAGAGCUAUCACUUGAAAACAUGCUUGAAUGGGUGAAAAAGUUCUUUAGGGUUAUGCUAAUGGAAGAAAAUCAAAAUAGUUAUAAAGUUGCAUCAUCUCUGAAGAAAAAUGCUUUUGUGGUGGAUCUUGGCAUGAGCUCUUUACAGAAAGAUGUUGCUACUCCAGUUUGUAAGCUCCAGAAAUCUGUUGGACUCUUGGCUGCAGUUCACAGUAACCCUUUGUAUGACUACUACCUCAAUAUAGCAGAUGAACCUACUUCUCCUAAGAAGCCUAAGAAUGCCCCUGAGUACUAUGACUUUGAGAGCAAGUGUUCGGCCCUUUCCUCUGAUUGGACUUCUGUGAGAAUCAUCCCAGAGGAAGAAAUGACAGAGCACAACCUUCUGGCCAUUCGAGUCAUGGUAACCAGUGAUGGGAGCAGUUCAGAGCUGGAAUCUGAUUUUUAUGGUGACUCAUUGAAUUCUGAAAUUAGUGAAGGACAGAUCUCAUUGCCUGAGCAUGUGUCCCAUACAAACCCCAUAAGAAAGCAUGCAUUGCUGACCACCAGUUCUGUGAAGGAAGAAGAGUGCUGUGAAAAGUCCAAAGCUGCUGAUGCACUACAAAGAGCCAAUAGUUUCCACUCCUCUACACUGAAUAAAUACCAGAAUUGGAGAAGAAAAAUUCAAUCUAAUUUCCCUCUACUGUACAGCAAGAGAAUUGGGCUUCAUUCACAGGAGACCUCUACCAGAUCUCAGUGUGCUCUUGAAGAUUGUGUAUCCGAAUCACAGUUGACAUCUCACAGCAAACCACCAGAAAUUGCAAGAGGACUUUUCAAACCCUACAUCCCAGUGUUGCAAAGAAAGGCAAAAGCCAAAGAAACACCUGAAGAAAUCCACCGAUAUGUGCCCCAUCACCCACUUCAGAACAGUACUACUGGAUCUCCAUUGAUGCAUUCUGGAAAUGUUACUUCAGUGGCUAAUGUAUAUAAGCAUAGAGAUGAAAAUGGUAACAAUGAGGAAUAUAAUGUAGGUAACUUGAAUGAGAGUGAAGAAUGUACCACCAGAACAGGGGCCUUCAACAGAAAAAAUAUAGAUUUGUCCUCUCUAGUCACAGAAAAAAAAGAUGAAAGAAAUCCAAGACAGCUGAAAGAACAGCCUGACCUAGAAAUAAAUGAAAUAAAAAAACAGAUAAGGAACAAAUUAAUGCUUGGUGCAGAGCAGCAAUCCAAAUUACUUGAUUUGAACAAUGCAGAUCUAGGUGGAACAAAACCAGAACAUCAAAGCCAAAGAAUGCUGGAAAUUUCAGAAUGGAAGGAUGUUGAUGGUAAUAGGGGAAAAAACAUAUUCAAGCAAUCCAGUCUUUCUGUGCCUCUUCCAUUUGCAAAUGAUGCUUUGCCAACUUUGUCAGCAGACACAAAAGAUAUUCCAAAGAGUCCAGACAGUUCUGUAGAAGAACAUCUGUCUAGCCAGCCAAAAUCACCAUUGAAACUAAUUGCCAAUGCAAUAAAGAGAUCCAUUCUAGAACCUCUUGUGUCUCAUCCAGAAAGCAUAAAAAAGAACCCAGACAGUAAAGCCAACCCUACUUCAGAACACACCUUUUUCAAUUCCCCUAAUACCUUUGGCCGCUCUGUACGUUUAAAGAACAGUAAUGGUAAUAGAGAACAUGACGUACAACCACAAGAAUCUAAUGGACUGGAAACUAGAAGCUCAGUCACAAACCCACCUAGUCUUUCCUGUAGUCUUGAAGAGAAAUCUUCAUGUGAUUCCACAGAGGUAUUGCUUCCGGUUUACAGUUUGCACACAGGUCCUUCCAAAGCUGCUGUUAAGCCUGAAAAUUCAUCUGGUGCAAAGACGGAGGAUGUACCCAGACUCCUAAAAAACUUUACUCUCAAAGAAACUCCACUGAGGGCUUCCACUGAUGACUUAUGUAUCUGUAACCAGAAGAACCUUCCUUUUUCAUCUCUAAGUCUCAAGAACAAAACUUCCGAGGACAUCCUUGGAGAUCCUGCACAAAUGAAUAUCUGCUCGCUCUUUAGUAACUUGAGGAAUAAAGCCAAUGAAAGGGAAAAGAACGAUUCCUUAAAAUCAUCUAUGUCCUUCAUUAACAACUUUUCCCCCGAAAAAGUGCUAAAUAAUCCUUCCACUGAUGAGGACUCAGGCUCUGAACACCUAUCUGUCAAAAAACAAGUGACUACAUGUUGUUCUUCCUCUGAUGGUGAAUUUGAACACAAGCCUUCAAUAGCACUCAAGGCAAAAAGGACCCUUAGAAGAAGGAGAAAACUAGAAAAGGAAACAAAGCAACUGGUUAAACAAGAGGAGCUGAAAAGACUCCAUAAAGCCCAGGCUAUCCAGCGCCAACUGGAAGAAGUGGAGGAAAGACAGAGGGCCCUAGAGAUAAAUGGUGUUAAACUGGAGAGGGAACUGCGAGGAGAAUCAGAUUCAGGCACACAGGAUGAAACUCAGCUGUUACAUGAAUGGUUUGAGCUGGUCCUGGAGAAGAAUAAAUUAGUGCGUUAUGAGUCUGAGCUCUUGAUCAUAGCCCAAGAACUAGAACUGGAGGAUCACCAAAGAAGAUUGGAGCAGAAACUGAGAGAGAAAAUGGCCAUUGAUGAUAGCCUAAAAGAUGAACGAGAACUGAACGAGGAACAUGAAAUUUUUACUGAGAUGAUGAAAGUGAUUGAAGAAAGGGACAAACUUGUAUCUUCUUUAGAAGAGCAGAGACUGAAGGAAAAGGCAGAAGAUCAGCACUUUGAAAGCUUUAUAUUAUCUAAGGGUUAUCAACUCACCAGGACUUAGCCACGUGCAAAUGUAUGGAACUUCAGCUAUAUUAACCAACAUGGAGACAGUCUUUUGGCAGAGAUCUGGCUGAAAUUGAAGGAAUCAUAUCAUUUUAGUAUCAAACACUUUUAAACAGGCUCCUUGCUUGCACAACAGUGUCUCUAGUUCCACGCAGAUAAUUACAGGAAGAAACAUCGCAAUCUCAUUGUCAGCAAAAAGGGCUAGUCAUCCUGUGAGAUGGAAAAGAACUGAAUUCACCUGUGUGAUGGACAGUGUGUGAAAAUUACACUGGAGCUGUCCAUUGUUUUCCUUUUCCCUGUAAUUCUAUUUUAAUUCUGAGAACAGAGUUCCUACAGACGUAACUACAUGAUCUGGUACUUUUGAAACAGCAACAUUUUCCAUUCAUUUGUCUGAAUCUGUGUGUAUUUUUUUUCUAUUUUGGCUUGGUUGAGCCACAAUGAACUGUAUUCAAGUGUCAAAAAUAAGCAUCACCAAUGUAAAAAUCAGGUUAGUGUUUAAAAUGUAUUUCUAAAGGAGUAGGGGAAGAGUCUUUAGAAUACUGACUACACAUGUUGUAAAUAACAAGUGUAAAUGCAAGGUCAGGCAAAUUUAAUUAUCAGGUGUAUUUGCAAGCUUGAGUGCACUGUAUGUAUUGAAUGAGGACUUAAUACAAUAUUAAAACCUUACAUUAUGUAAAACUGUAACUUAAUACCAAAGGGAUUACUAUUCUUAACAAAAUGUUGUAGAGUCAGAAGACCUUUUGUCUGUAGCUGACCAAAGUAAUCAUUGAAAUAUGCUCGAAGAACAUUUUAAAAAAAUUGAUUAACAUGUAUAUGGUAGAUUUUGCAAUAUGCAUUCUUCACAAAAGCAUGUACUGUAUCUCAAAGUUAUCACUAGUUAGAGACUUGGAACCGAAUAACAACAAAAACUGUGGCAAAAUUAUAUUCUGCAUUUUUAUGCUGAUAGUUGAUGGUUGCAUAUCAACCAUAUUUAAACUGCUGCAAAGAUGAAUGCAUAAAUAAGACUGUCAGAGCUAUAUCUGUUGAAUGCAUUUUUUACUUUAAAAAAACAUAGAAAAGUGCCUUCUAGCUUUUCUCGCACAUGCAUAGACAUAGCAGUUGUGCAAAAGAUUUCCUUAGGCUAUGUUUUCAAUUUACUGUGAGCAGUCUUCUAAAUCUGAGAUGAUUUUGUAAUUUACAUUUGAUUGUUUCUCCCAGUUGUAUGUAUGAUAGUCUGAAAAUUCAGUAUAAGAGACAUGGAGAAACUGGAGGACUGUUUUUGAAUAUUGUUUUACCUCAUUUUCUGACUGGAAGGGUUUACUGUUCUCAUUACUAAAUGAAAGGUGCUUAAAUGCUGUUUCUGCCUACAGUUCAGCAAAGGCAAAAGAAACUCUUCUAAAUGUAAUUGUAAAACCAUUUAUAAUCUACCUUAGUUUUUGUUACACUGAAAUUUCUUAUAAUACAUCUUUUUAAAGAUAAAAUCCAGAUUUUAUCAUCAUCCAUGGAUUAUCAAUAUACCUCUGUAGAGGCUGAGAUAAGAAUACUAUUGUUCUACGGUAUUUAUCUAUUUAUAUUUAUUUGUAUAUGUAUCUGUUUACAGGAAAUACCAAUGUCUAAUAAUAUUUUACAUAGUUUGGUGAAUUCUGUCUGUGCUUUGGAUGGCAGCUAUAAGAUCUACAAUAAUAACAUGAUGGUAAAGCCAUGCAUAGUAGAGCAGAGGAUUAUAUCACUAAUGUAUACAAUAGGAACAAAAUAUAAAGUAAGACAUAAACAAUAUCGUCAGAUAUUACACAUAGGAAUACAUUUCUAACAUGAUGCACAGGGAUUUAGUUACAUUACUUCCAUUAAUCAGUGGGAGAGGCAUAGCAGAAUCCCUGUGUACAUUCAGAAUCUAUCCUCUAGCAUCUUUAUCGGUUAUAUGCUUGUAUCUGUUAUAUGCCUGAUCUUUGAGUUAUCUUCUUAAAUUGUCUCUCUUGUUUAA